ACGUGCGGCGUCAUCUUAUUGGAUGCAGAAUGUCUCUUCAAUCUAGUUAUCCGGCACUACACAGUACACACUACACCGGAUCACUUCUCAAGAUUGAAGAAGUUUCUAACCCUCUUUCUCCAUUGAUUUAGCUCCUCCUCCUACUCCAACCAUCUCUCGUCUCCCACGCCACCAUCUCCACCUGAGCGCCAACCGGCGCUACUACUCACCGCGCCAUCUUUCUACUAUUAGUAAACGAACCAGUGGAUGGAUUACUAUCAUUGAUGGAAUCUAUCAACAUGGAGAUAGGUACCGUGCGGUGUUGCCUUGACAAACAAGUCCUGUGUUUAUCAAGAAAAAGGUUGAGAAAAUUGGAUUGGAGAAAUAUCCGCCCACUUCCACAUAGUGUAACUACUUGGAAACUAAAGUUGGGUUAUCAGAGGCUGAUAGGUUCUGAAGUUUCUACUGGGAAGCAUCCCUUGAACCAUGUCUUCUGGAGAAUACAUUCAAUUCCCACUGGUUCGGAGGAAUCAUCAUCAGUACAUGCAGAAAUCUAUAGCGGAAAUGAUGAACAUGCAACUGAAGAUUCGCAGGAGGAGCCUCUUCCUCAACCUUUAAGAAGUAAUGAGUUGAAGUCACUGCUAGCUGAUUCUGAAAGAACAAAGCUCGUCAAAAAACUAAGUGAGGCCAAUCAACAAAAUCGGUUCCUCAAACGACAGUUGCAUAUAAAGGAGGAUGCGUUGGUUAACUUCAAAAGUGACUCGCCGUCUUGGAACUUGAAAUUCAGUUGUUCUAAUGGGCAGGCUUUGGUGAAAUUGGCAGAAGAAAACACCAAAUCUGUUAUUCCCGAAGGUUCAAGAAAGAUUAAUGGGAAGUACAUUCAAUCCCACCUUCUUUCCCGUUUAGAAGCUGUACAUGAAAAGUUGAAGGAACAGAUAAAGGACGUUGGUGCUGCACAAUCCAAGGAGGUUCCCCUAUUCUGGUGUGGCAUGGCUGAGAGUGUGCAAGUUAUGGGCACUUUUGAUGGAUGGAGUCAAGGAGAGGAUUUAUCUCCGGAGUACACUGGUUCUUUCACCACAUUCUCGACAACAUUGAUGCUGAGACCUGGAAAGUACGAAAUCAAGUUCUUGGUUGAUGGGGAAUGGAAGCUAUCACCAGAAUUCCCUACGGUUGGUGAGGGAUUAACAACAAAUAACUUGUUAAUUGUGGAGUAGGUCAAGGUCUACAGUCAUGGGAUAAUAUAUGUAUCAAACAACUGGAAUUACUGAUUUAGUAUGCUAUUCUCUCAUUAGCCUUUUUUAAGGUCCUUAAUUGUGCUUCUGAUGUAGAGAAAAACCUAGCAUUUUAGUGAAUACAUAAUCAGUAUGAUGUGUAUUUUUACUAUUGUAUGUUUGGUACUGUAUCAGAUCAAGAGCCUGGAUAAGUUGCAUGUUUGGUCUUCUACAAGAUAAAGAGGUUAUUGAAUGAAACCACCAAGGCCGUCGUGAUUUCUUUGGGGUAGUGA